ACAAUCGACGCUUUGCAGACCUCAACUCGAGAGAAACAGCUUGAAAAGGAACAACUCGCCGUUCAACUCAAAGACGCGACUAACAGCACACAAGAAUUAACGGCGGAAAUCACCGCCACCAGGGAAAUGUGCGACGGUCUGCAGGUCCAAUUCUCUUCGGCGCAACAAACACUAACGAAAGCUGAAGCAGAUCAGGAAGAAAUGAAAGAAUUCCGUUUGUCAGUGAAAGCAGAAGUGAAGACAUUUGCAGUGACUUUGAGUGAUUUAAAUUCAAAGUUUCAAAAUGACAAGAACAUCGCGUUGGCCAAAGUGGAAGCAGCCGUGCAGGAGAUGGGAAGAGCUCAGGAGGACUUCACAAACAAGUCGGCGAUUAUAGAAAGCCAGGUCAAAGAAAAAUCUGAGCUUUUGGAGUCAAAAAAUGAAGAACUCAAAACGACCUCUCAAAAGCUGCAAGAUUCCAUUGAAAACUGUGUUGGACUCGAAGAAAUAACGGGCGACUUUCAAUCACGACUUGAACAAACACAGGAAGGAAUCAAAACCCUCAAGUUGGAAAUAAAUCGACGUCAGGAUGCUGAAAGCGGACUGCGGGCCGAGAUACAAAACACGGAGAGAAGUUAUGCGGAGAAGGAGCGAGAGCACGCCGCGCGCGCGACAGAGCUGCGGCGAUCGUGUGACGGGCUGCACCACAAACUUUUGGACCUGAAAGUUAUUUUUCUCAACCGAAAGAAGGAAAAUCACGAGUUGACACAAGCAGCCUGCCAGAGGUGCAGUGCAGAAGCAGAGAUUCGUCGCAGGUUUGAAGCGAAUAUUCGUGAAAUAAACACAGAAAUCGAUAAUGUGACGAUUGAAAGUGACGGUAACCAUGCGGAGCACAAGGUCGCGCUGGAAUCUUUGGACAGGUUCGAACAAGAGAGAGCUUCAUUCCAAGAAACCACCCGUCAGCUGGAACAGCAGAUGGCCGCCACGAGAACGCUGAUGAACGAAAGCGAGAAACGUGCCGUUCGCGUCAAUCCUGGCGUGACGUCUUGGGUGUCGUUCGAUUUCAGAGUGAACUCAACGGAAUGAAAGCAAAAGAUUGUGCCUUGAAG